UGACAAUGGUCGCGAGGCACCGUGCAGGGCGGCUCCAGAAGCAGCCAGGAACUAUCUACAUGCCAGUUCCUGAGCAGGAGCCUCUGGCUCACUUGCUCUUUGCUGUCGGGCUGAGCCGCGCGGACGACGAGCUGGGCAACCACGCCAUCUAUAGCAAGACCUCGUACUCCGUCUCGCGCCUGCUCCGAGCCCUCGACGACCCUGCCGAGGUUCGCGAGCUCGAGAUUCACAUCAGCAAAGCGAUCAAGACUGCGCAUCUUCCCGUCUUUACUCACAUGCACGAACAGGCGUUCAAGGACUACUUCCGCACAGGCGGGAGUCCGCAGGGCAUCCACCUCUGCGCCGACGAGGCCGACCCUUAUGCGUUCUUCUUCAACACCUGGCGCUUCAUGGGCCAGAGCACGCGGGACAAGACGAUGCCGAUCCGCUGGGGUUUCCCCUGUUUCCCUGCGCCGCGGGCGCCGGAUCGUAUCCGCAAGGUCGCGCCAGGCUACGGCGCCGCAUCCUACUGCCUCAUGCAGCCCUCGACCAGGACCGGGAGCCGCGAUGACGCCGACGAGGACAGCGCCGACGAGAUCGUCAUCACCCUCGACGGCGACGAGGCGCAGGAAUUCAUCGCCGUGGUGGCAACGGCGGAGCGGGAUCACGCUGGCAUCGCUUCUCGUUGGCAAGUGUUGGACAUGAUUGCUGAGACUGCUUGAUUCUGUUGAACUCUUCUUCCUCUUUUCCUCUUGCCCUGCCGUUGUCAAUCGCAAUAGACAUAUUCUAAGAUGUGAAUAGAAUCCCACAGAG